AUGGCGGCCGGAGUGGUUUUUCUGGUAUUGUCUGCCCGGCUGCUCCAAGCCAGACUGAUGAAAGAGGAGUCCCCUGUGGUGAGUUGGAGGUUGGAGCCUGAAGAUGGCACAGCUCUGUGAUUCAUCUCCUGCGGUUGUGGCGGCCACGGUGAUGGAGACUGCAGCUCAACAGGAGCGGUGGCUCCAGGACUUGGCUCGUUGUCUGUUUCCCUUAAGGAGAACGCAGCUUCUUGCGGGCAGGGCAUUCUCUGUUACUGCAGGCUAUGUCCCCAUCACCUGUCCUGUGGCAGCAUCGGCAUAGCUCACAGCAGGUGCUGAAUAAAUGCUCGUGAACUUUGGAAACUUGUCACCAUGCAGGAUGAGAAAGGGCCAUCCUCUCCCAGAGACAUGCAUUUUCCUGUGUCACGGGGCCAUGCGGUGAUACACGGAAGGCUGGCUUCUGCAGGAGCGGGGAAUCAACCUAAAUGCCCAUAAUAACUGACUGGAUCAAGAAAAUGUAGUUCAUAUGCUCCAUGGAAUACCAUGCGGCCAUAAAAAAGGAGAUCACAUCUUAUUCAGAAACAUGGACAGACCUGGAGACCACUAUCCUAAGUGAACUCACUCAGGAACAGAAAAGCAAAUACUGCACAUAGUCACCUGUAAGUGGGAGCUAAAUGAUGAGAACACAUGGACACAAAGAAGGGAACAACAGACACUGGGGCCUACUUUGGGGUGGAGAGUGGGAGGAGGGAGAGGAGCAGAAGAGAUAACUAUUGGAUGCUGGGCUCAGUACCUGGGUGAUGAAAUAAUCUCUGUAACAAACCCCCAUGACAUGAGUUUACCUAUAUGAUAAACCUGUACAUGCACCCCUGAACCUAAGAUA